GACGGUCGUGGCCCAGCUGACGGAUGACCCGAAGAAUCCAGGCAAGUGGCAGGCCACCGACGUGGAGAAGGCGGUCGCGCUGCCAGUCGGAAGUGCGGGCAAGACCGCGGGCGUGGUGAUGUCGUGGUUGGGGACCUACGGGUUCAUAGAGUUCGUGGACGGCCGCCGUGCCUACUGCCACAGCAGCGCUUGCGGAGGCGUCUCCCUCCAGCCCGGGGAGACCGUUGUUGGCACGCUCGCGGAGGACCUGCGCACGCGCGCCAGAUCCCGACCGCACACUUUCCGCCGUCGCCUCCUGACGAGGAGGAAGGAAGACAUGAUCGAGUUUGUUUGGGCGGUCGUGCGCAUGCCCCCGCUUGAGGCAAUCGUGCGUCUUGCGGUUACUGCCUGCUCGUGCCCUACCAGUAGCAGUUUCGCCACACUUACGGCGCUCCAAGACGGUUCUGCGUUUCGUG